AUGCUAAAUACAAAUUCAAAUUAAUUUGUUCAUUCCAAAUUAAUAUACGCAUGUGCCAUAUCUCCUAAAAGUACAUUAGAUAAUUAAAGGAUUAUUUUGGGAACUAUUGGACCUGGAGGAUAAUAAAUUAUUUGUAAGUUCAUAAUUCAUAAAUAUUUUGUUAGAAUUAUAAUCCACUUAAGAAGGAUAUAAAUAGAAAACAUAUCAUUUGCAUAAUGCAUUCAGUGCUAAAUUAUUAUAUCUUAAUUCAACUGAAGCAAAUGAAAGAUUUGUUUCAGCAGGUGAAAAACUUUAAAUAUUCAAAUCAGAAGACUAAAAAAUUAGUCAUAUUUGUGACUUAAUUCCUUUAAGUAAAGAAUAUGUUGGUCCUACUUUUGCUUUAGAUAUUCAUUAAGAUUAACAAAAUAGAUUAAGUAUUAAUAUUUUAUACUUUUUAGUCUCUGGUUCUAUGGAUCCAACUAUUAGAAUUUGGGAUUUAGAAAAGAGAAAGUGUUAAUAUUAAUUUAUUGCUUAUGAUCUUUCUAAAGAUUCAGAUUAAUAUACUUUAGAUUUAAAUAUUGCUUAAGAAUCAAAUAUUUUUGCAUUCCUUAAUAAUCAUAAUCAAAUAGGAAUCUAUGAUAUUAGAUCUAAAAUGGGUAUUCAUAAAAUUAAAGGUAAAUUAUAAUAUAAUUAACUCCUUUGGAAUAAAAAAUAAGAUAAUAUCUUAAUUGCUAUUGAUUAUGAAGCUGGUCUUAUAGAUUUUUAUGAUACACGCGAUUUUAAAAAUAAAUAUAAAAGAAUAAGAACUGAUCAUAGAUCAAUUGUUAAAGCUGAAUGGUUUUAAGAAAGAAAGUAAUUUAUCAUAAUAUAUUUUAGUUCUCUCAUUACUGCAGGUUUAGAUAGAUAAAUCAUACUUUAUGAAGGUGAUAAAUAUCUUGAACCCUAAUUUGGAUUAACUAAAAAUUAUGAUAUUGACAAUUUCUGUUGUUAAAAUAAUCUAUUUGGACUUGUUUCUGAAUAUACUUUCGAAAUUUUUAGUUUUGAAACAUAAUGA